AUGUCGUUUUUCCGGGGUCAACCCGAUGUAGAGACGCGCUUAUGCACGGCAGUUAACGUUGCGAUACAAGCCGGAGAUCCGCAUCAAUUGCAGUCCAUCGUACUGCUGGAGCCAGGCGAAGGCAAUGUUUUCCCGCCAGACCAUCAAGAGCUCAUCCAGUCCUUGCAACAGAAUUACCCUGCAAACAACGAACAAUCUGAGAAGCGUCUCGAGGAUCUUGUCAGGCGAGUCGUCACUGAGACUGCAGAGUCUGAGGAUGAGGAGGGCAGACCUAUUCAAUCUUGGGGUUCGCUGGUCACCUUCCUUGUCGGAUGGAUGACCUUUCUCCGGGACAUGGACGCAGAGAAUCUUGUUUUGAUUUUCGAGCUGAUGACAGAUCUCCAGUCACGAGCAAAUAGCGCUUUGCAGCAUCCAACCAAGGGCAUUCUGAUGCUUCCUACCAUCAUGUAUUAUGCCAAGGUAUUCGCAAGAGUAGCGAUUGGAUUAGAGAAGAGACCGGACUUGACGAUGCAUCUCAUUACCACCGACGCGGACGAGGAUGGCCAAAGCGAAUCAUUGCCAGAGCGGGCAGCGAAUAUCGUGCGACAGGCCUUCAUCAUAUGUCUCAACGACCGCAACACUGUACCCGGAGGUAUCAAGGAUGGUAAGCCUGACGGGAAGAAGGUUGGAAUCUACAAGAUGGCAAACAUAUGUUUGAAGACCCUCUUCCAGGCCGAUAAGCUGGGGAGCUGCGAGACCAUCUUCAACAACAUAUCGAACUCCUCACCACCAUUACACAUCUACCCGGCUGCGGAGCGCAUUACCUUCCUUUAUUACCUCGGGCGGUACCACUUCAGCAACACCAACUUCUACGGAGCUCAGCUCGUUCUGGAGCUAGCAUACAGAGGUUGCCACGGGCAGUGUCCAAAGCAACGCCGCUUAAUCGCAGUCUGCCUUGUCGCUGCCAACAUCCUCCUCGGUCGUUUCCCGAACGAACUCAUCUACAACGACCCUGCAUGCGUGGGCUUCCGGGAAGUCUUCGAGCCGCUUUGUCGUGCGAUUCGCAAAGGAGAUCUUGAGACAUUCCGUCGGAUAACGAACCUGGAUCUUUCCCACCCAAGUGCCGAAUUCAUGAUCAAAUACCGUAUCUUCUACCCAAUCGGCAACUAUUGCGAGCCCCUCGUAUGGUGGUCACUUCUCCGCAAGGUAUUUAUCCUUACUGGAAGCAUAGGGGAAGCAUCGAAAUCGGCUGCUUUGCUCGACCUCAACGCAGCUGUCCUUGUAUUCCGCUUCCUAGAAGCGCGCUCGCUCAUCAGAAACGCCGCAAUGGCCGCGCAAGACCGUGGCCCCGGCCGUCGCAACUUUGGUCACAUCUACCAAGACCAUGCAUCAACAAGCAAAUCGACAUACAUCGACCCGGACUUUAUCGGCAUGGAAGGAGUACAGCCGUAUACCCACGAGUAUGAUUUACUAGAGUUGGAGUGUAUAUGUGGCAGUCUCAUCACCCAAGGUUAUCUGAAUGCGUACAUUGCGCAGGCGAAGCAGAAGUUGGCCAUCCAAGGUGUUAAGACGGGUAACCUGAGCGCUGGAUUCAUCAACCCGUGGGAAGUCAACAAGGAGAGGAACAAGGACGAGGUGCUUGGAUGGAAGAAAGAAGCUGGAGGCGAUGGAGGACAGGUUGUCAGGCUGUCGUCCGCGGCACCGGCUGGGAUGUAG